AUGUCCGGAGUCCUUGAGAAAGGAUCAGGUCACUCCAGUCCUAGAGGCGAUAGUGAUGGGGAGCCUUCUCUGGAUAAUAGUCCCAAUAAUGGGCCGAAAGUGCAUGUUUUCAACGAACAGACGAAUUAUGUACCUAGAAGGACGAUUAUCACUAUCUUUCUAGCAUGUGCUAGCGUUGAUUUUGUAUCAUUGAUGGACCAGACGACGUUGGCAUCGUGUCUGUAUAUCAUUGCCAAUUCAUUGGGAGCGAGUAACCAGGCAUCCUGGAUCUCCGGUUCCUAUUUCGUAACAUCCACAUGCUUCCAACUUGUCUAUGGAAAGCUUUCCGACAUUUGGUCUCGAAAGAUUGUAUUGUUCGUUGGUUUGGCGAUUUUCUUCUUCGGAUCCUUAGCGGCCUCAUUGGCACAGACUGUCACUCAACUGAUCGUCUUCCGCGCCUUUACUGGUGUAGGAGGUGGAGGCUUGAUGACCGUUGCGCAGAUGAUCGUGAGCGAUGUUGUUCCUCUCCGUGAACGUGGAAAGUACCAAGGUAUCAUGGGUGCAGUGGUCGCCAUUGCCAAUGGUAUCGGCCCUCUCAUUGGUGGAGCAUUGGCAUCUAUAUCACACGAUUCAUGGCGAUGGAUUUUUCGCUUGAAUCUGCCUUUGACUGCCAUCUGUUCAGCGUGUGUGUAUUUCUUCAUGCCAUUGCGGGAGGUGGAGGGUGACUGGAAACUCAAGGUGAAAGCCAUCGAUUUUGUGGGUGUGGUCCUGGCUCUUGGAGGAACCGCGGUCUUUUUCCUUGGCCUGAAUUGGGGAGGUAACGACUAUUCAUGGAGUUCUCCACACGUUAUUGCAUCAUUGGUGGUAGGUUUCGUGGUCGUCGUUGUGUUUGUGUUAUGGCAGUGGAAAGGUGCUGCUGUGCCCUUGAUUCCGCUUCAUAUCUUCCGCGCUCGCAUUGUCAAUGGUUGCACUCUUACCACUUUUAUCGCUGGGUGGAAUAGUAUGGUGCAGCUCUACUAUAUUCCCACCUUCUUUCAACUGGUUUACAAUUACAGCACUGUGAAAGCGGCUGCUAUGUUAAUCCCAAUAAUCGUGGUGCAAACCUUCGCCAGUACCAUCUCUGGUCUUGUCGUACACUGGAUUGGUCGUUACAGAGAAAGCAUCCUUUUCGGGUUUGGCAUUUGGGCAGUGGCUCUCGGUCUCUACUCAACACUGGAUGAAACCUCGGGGGUUGGAAAGCAAGUUGGCUAUGCUAUCUUGAGUGGAGCAGGUGUCGGAAGUACCUUGCAACCAUCUCUCAUCGCACUACAAGCUGGUGUCGAGCGUCGAGACAUGGCCGUCAUCACUUCAUUCAGGAGUUUCAUGCGGAAUCUCGGUGGCACACUUGGAAUAGUGAUCAGUGGGACAAUCCUCAACAACAUUAUCGCAUUCUCAAUAUCAGGCCUCGAUCUCUCCGCAUCCGACUCACAGUCCCUGUUAGCACAUCCCUCGACCUUCCUAUCAGCCCAGUCUGCAGAGAAGGCAGCGCAUAUCCGCAGUGUCUUGAUCCCAGCAUACCGAAAAGGCUUCCGAAUCAUCUUCUUAAUAGAGGCAGGGCUAUCAGCAUUGGCAGUUUUGCUUGCUUUCUGGCUCAUACCUCAGGUUGGGCUAAGCAGAGCUGAUGAUGAUGCUCUGAAAGAGGAGGGAAAGAAGAGAGCUCAUAAUGGGUCUGAUCCGGAGAAGGAGCCCAGACAGACCGAAAAAUCUGGGUAG